AUGGCUGCGAAUGGGGAUGCUGAAGCGCAGGCCCUGGACCGCGAUGCCUUGCGCCAGAAGCUCAUCACGAGCUCCACCAAGCGCAGAAUUCACGAGCUGUCGGGCCUGCAGCACCGCGUCGCAGACGACGCACCACUGGCCAUUGCCGACCUCCAGGCCCUCCUGCAAACGCUAUUCGAGACAUAUCCGCUGUACGACGACCGCGAGUCCCGCCGCGCCGUCGAGGCCGUCCUCAAGGCGCUGGUGACCGGGCCGCUCGGGAAAACGGUGCUGCCGCCCAUUGUCAAGUUUCUCAAGCAAGAGUGUGCCAAGAAGGGCAUCGCCCACGCCAAUGCCCUUGUGCUGAACGACUGGUGCUCGGUGCUGCUCUUGCAAUUGGCAGCCGCACCUGAUGUAUGGGCGAGUUAUGGCCUGGAUGUAGCCCUCGCCAAUGCGCAGGCACUCGAGACAUGUGUGGGUGCAGGCAGCCAUCGCCGGGCUGGCCGCCUCGCAGACUCUGCUCUCGUCUCUGCGCGCCGGGCUCUGCGUGCUGUCUUCCGCUCAGAGGCACUUGGCAAAGACGCUCUUUCUACGCUGGUAACCACCCUCACUGCAAAGGGCCCCACUCCUACGCCAGGGAACGCCGUCUACCUCGGCGUCAUCGCAGGCGUGUCGUCCAGGCUGCCCGCCGUCAAGCCGCUCCUGGAAAACCACAAGCAAGACUACUACGCCUACUACACAAGAGAAAUUAUUGGAUCAAGAAGCCAGCUCCCAGACCAUGUCUCCAACGCGCUGCACGACUUCUUCGACAGCUUCCCUACGCUGGAAGAGCUGCGCAAGGAUGUCUUCCCACCCAUCGAGAAGGCGCUCCUCAGAGCACCCGAGGUGGUGCUAAACGACAUCAUCUCGCCCAUGAUUCUCGCCCUUCCCGAUUCCAUGGAUCUCUCAGACAUCCUGCUCAGCAAUAUGCUGAAGCCGCUGCUGUCCAACGUAAAAUCUACCAACCCUGCAAUUCGAGCAGGUGCCCUACGCACGUUCAAGUCGCUGGCCCUGCGAUCAAAGGACAGCGACAAGAUGGACAAGGUUGCAGACGAAGUGCUCAAUCCCCUCAAGCAAGCCAAGGUAUCGGGCGCCGACCAAAAGGUCCUGCACGCUCAGAUGCUCGCAGUGCUGCCUGAGUCGCCCUCGCUGUCCAAGAAGAUUCCCGUGGGCAUCGCUCCGGUGGCAUUGAAGGAGCCAAGUGAGCCAGCGGUGCUAGCCGAAGUAUCAGCCAUGACGAUCCAUCUGAACUUUGGCCUAGCCAGCGGUGUCGCUAUUGACAAGACAGUGGCGGAUGCUUUCAUCAAAGGCAUGGGCGAUAAGCGGGUGCCUGUCAAACGGCUCUGGGCAAUCAGGGCAGCAGACAUCUGGUGGAACCUUUCUGAAGAUCAAAAGGCCCAGCCAGACGUGCUUGCCUUCUGUCAGACUACGCUGCCGAAGCUUGUUGAGCUCUGGCAGGAUGUCAAUGCCAACCCGCUCCCAGCGUCCCAGAGUGGACUAGUCACCGUUGGGCACUACGUUACUGCGCUUCUCAUUGAUAGAGUCUACAAUAUGAAAGACGAGAAACUGGUGUCAAUCUUCAAGAAAUCCGAUGUCAUCACGCAGUCGCUCGCCACAAAGCCAAAGCCCUCAUUCAUCCUCAAUCCGAAAGUGUACGCAAAACUAUCCACCGAGGAGGACGUCUCAAUCGCACUGCGUGCACUGAACGCCGUCGCGCCAAGUGUCAUCCAAGCUACCUCCAAGGACGUUCCGGAUGCAUGGGCACAGGCCUAUAUUUUCCUUAUUGUCGCCCAGGGCAUUUCCGCCAAAGCAAAGACGGCUGCCAGACAAGCACUGACGCAAGCAUACCUCCACACAUCACCGGAGAAGAUAAGUGACAUUAUUAUCGAUGGGAUAUGGUCAUGGUACAGGUCAACUGAACUUGAAGAUAAGGAGAGCGCGGCGUUGGCAUCGAAAACCGGCUCUAGCGAUCUUGGGGCCGUGUUGAGCUGCAUAUGUCUUCCCCAAGAUGUCCUGAAGAAACAGGAUGUCAGCAUUGACACUGUGACAUUGCACAAACAAGCCAUGAAACUCGUUGUCUUCGCAAGGAAGGAGAUCAUUCCCCGUGUGUCCUGGAUUGACCUGUGCCUGCGCAUGGGUGUAGACCCAGGCGACGUAGUUCGAAACAAUUUGGAAGAUUUUAUACGCACCGCAAACGACGCGACUGAGGACCACGGCAAUGCGCAAUUCCCUGCAAUCAGCCUGGCAGCCUACAGCGCUUAUGCCGAUAUGGCUUUCGUUGCUCCAGAUGUCGCCUUGCCCGCCAUAGUCAAACAAUUCAGCCAAGACCUGGACCCCAAGCAACUGGAAUCCGUUGGCCCGACAGAGGCUGCGAUAUUCCGUACACCUGAAGGCACUGCGUAUAUAGACGUCUUGUCCAAGAAGGCCCCAGUUGUGAUCGACAAAAACACCAAGGACUACGACACUUUGAAAUGGGAAGAGGAGCUCCGAGCACAGCUUGCGCAAAAGAAAGGACAGACCAAGAAACUCACGCCGGACGAGCAAGCCAAGGUCAACGCUCAAUUGGCAAAGGAAUCGGCCAUCAGGAAGGAAGUUGCUGGUAUUGAGCAAAGAAUGAGGCGAGGGGUUGGCAUCAUCAGGAGCCUUGCAACUGGUCCUCCAACUGAGGCAGAACAGUGGAUGGGACCAACGGUUAAUCUCCUAAUCCAGGCUGUCCGUGAUGGUGCUGGACUUCUUCUGGGAGAUGUUCCAGCGACUGCUCUGAUCUCAUGCUCUGAGAAGAUAUCCAACCGUUUGGGUACGCUAAGACCAUUUGUUGGUGUGGCCGUUCUCCGAACAAUUGGUUCCAUACAGCUCGCGAAAGAGUAUGAAGGUGAGGACCUAGGUGACUUGGUAACACGCGUUCUAUACCGACUUCGCUUCUUGAGUGAACAACGGCCGCUGGAUGCUGUGUCUCUCGCAUACUGCUUGCCUCUCAUCUUUUUAGUUCUAGAGAAGGGUGGUAUAGGCAGAUCUUCGCCUGAGGAGGCUGAUGAGCAACUCAUUCUAGCCAUUGAAAUUCUCACUUUCCAUACCAACUCUUGUACCGACGACCGACUUCCGCGCAGGGAGUUGAUUGAGAUCUUGGUGUGGUCAAUGCAGAAAUACCAGCAGCAUUACAAGAUGAUCAAGGACUGCAUGACAAAUCUUGCUAGUGGCCUUGCUCCAAACAUCACCAACGAAGAGCUAGGUGCACUGCUUCGUGGCACCAUCGUUCCAGAAACUGGCGUUCGAACAGCGAUUCUACAAGCUAUCGAUGCCGAGCUCGACAUGAACGACAUGACCUUUAGUGAAGAAGUCUGGAUUGCUUGUCACGAUGAUGUCCAAGAAAACGCAGAACUAGCAAAGACUAUCUGGGAGGAGAACGAUCUGGAACUGAAACCAGAGGCAGGUGUACAGAUGCUCCCAUACCUUGACUCUCUCGACAAACAGCUCAGACGAGCAACGGCCCGAGCAAUCGGAGAGAUUAUAACGAAGUACCCAGAGACAUUCGACGACCUAUUGAAGAGGCUUCGUGAAUCAUACACAGAAAAAGCCAAACCGCGAGUCCCAGAGCGCGACGAGUAUGGUAUGCCGCGAAAGGUCGACCUGCGAGAUCCAUGGGAAAGCAGAGACGGUAUUGCCCUCACGUUCAAAGAGAUGACCCCAGGCUUCAAGCCCGACGACCUUCCAGAGUUUUUCAACUUUUUAAUCUUUGAGGGUCCUUUGGGAGACCGCAGCCCUGCAGUUCGUGAGGAGUUGAUUGAAGCAGCGACAGCAGUCAUUACCGCAAAAGCACAAACUAAGGUGGAGCCAUUGAUGGAGCUGUUCGAGAACGCACUUGAAGCACCUGAUCGCAAGUCUGAGAUGUAUGAUCAAGUCAACGAAGCAGUCGUCAUUCUCUACGGUGCUUUGGGUCGCCAUUUGACUGCAGGAGACGAGCGAGUCCCCAAGGUCGUUCAAAGGCUGUUGGCGACACUCAGCACACCUUCCGAGACCGUGCAAUAUGCUGUCGCACAAUGUCUCCCGCCUCUGGUCCGCACUUCCGAGCAAGAACUCUCCAACUACAUCAACCAGAUGAUGGAUCAAUUACUACAGUCCAAGAAGUAUGCCUCACGCCGUGGUGCUGCUUACGGACUUGCUGGUAUCGUCAAAGGAAAGGGGCUGAUUGUGCUCAAAGAAUAUCGUAUCAUUUCCACACUCAAGGGAGCCAGCGAGAACAAGAAAGAUCCCAACCAGAGACAGGGUGUGUACUUGGCGUACGAACUCCUUUCUCUGAUCAUGGGUCGCUUGUUUGAGCCAUAUGUUAUCCAGCUCGUCCCUCAAUUGCUUGCUGGGUUUGGUGACACGAGCACAGACGUUCGAGAGGCUUGUCUCGACGCAGCAAAGACCUGCUUCUCCACACUCAGUUCCUUUGGAGUAAAGCAGGUGUUACCAAUACUUCUAGAAGGUCUAGAGGAGGACCAAUGGCGCAGUAAGAAGGGAGCUUGCGACUCUUUGGGUGCAAUGGCCUACUUGGAUCCAAACCAACUGGCUCUCAGCUUGCCCGACAUCAUCCCCCCUCUGACUGUUGUGUUGACAGACAGUCACAAAGAAGUAAGAGCCUCAGCAAAUAGAAGCUUGCAACGCUUCGGUGAAGUCAUCAGCAACCCUGAGAUCAAGAGUGUCGUCAACAUCAUUCUCAAAGCUCUCAGUGAUCCAACAAAACACACUGAAGAUGCUCUCGACGCACUGAUCAAGAUUCAGUUCGCUCAUUUCCUUGAUGCUCCAUCUCUUGCGCUUGUAGUGCGCAUCCUGGAGCGAGGAUUGGGUGACCGGUCGGGAACGAAGCGAAAAUCCUCCCAGAUUAUCGGAAGUUUGGCAUAUCUCUCCGAGAGAAAGGAUCUCACAUCUCACUUGCCAAUCUUGGUGGCCGGUUUACGAGUGGCGAUUGUAGACCCUGUGCCGGCUACGCGCGCCACGGCAUCCAAAGCACUCGGAUCGCUCGUGGAAAAGCUUGGGGAAGAUGCUUUGCCCGAUCUCAUACCGAGCCUCAUGACUACGCUCAAGUCCGAUACAGGUGCUGGAGAUCGACUUGGUUCUGCACAGGCACUUUCAGAAGUCCUCGCUGGUCUUGGAACUGGACGCCUGGAAGAGACACUUCCCAGUAUUCUGCAGAACGUGUCGAGCAGCAGGGCUUCCGUCCGAGAAGGUUUCAUGUCGCUCUUCAUCUUCUUGCCCGUCUGUUUCGGAAACAGCUUUGCCAAUUAUCUCAACAAAAUCAUCCCUCCUAUUCUUGGUGGUCUUGCAGACGACGUCGAAUCAAUCAGAGAAACCGCAUUGCGUGCUGGUCGUCUUCUGGUCAAGAAUUUUGCUACCAAGGCUAUCGAUCUCUUGCUACCAGAGUUGGAGAGAGGUCUUGCGGACGACAGCUACCGUAUCCGUCUCAGUUCCGUCGAACUUGUUGGAGAUCUGCUUUUCAACCUUACGGGUAUCAGCGGGAAGGUGGAGGAGGAGGAGGCCGAAGAGGGUGCAAAGGAGGCCGGGCAGUCUCUGCUUGAAGUCCUCGGAGAGGAGAAGCGGAACAAGGUCCUAUCUGCGUUGUACAUCUGCAGGUGCGAUACCUCUGGUCUGGUGCGUACUGCAUCCAUCAACGUCUGGAAAGCCUUGGUUGCCAGCCCUCGCACUCUUCGCGAGCUCAUCCCUACUCUUACUCAACUCAUCAUCCGUCGCUUGGCAAGCUCCAACAUGGAGCAAAAGGUCAUCGCCAGCAAUGCCCUUGGGGAACUUAUCCGAAAAGCCGGCGACGGAGUGCUCGCUACUCUCUUGCCCACUCUGGAAGAAGGUUUGCACACUACCGAUACCGAUGCCAAACAAGGUAUCUGUAUCGCCCUCCGAGAGCUCAUUGCUGCCGCCUCACCAGAACAACUUGAAGACUACGAAAAGACUCUCAUUCAAGUCGUCCGAACAGCCCUGGUGGACCACAAUGCGGAUGUACGAGAAGCCGCCGCGGACGCUUUUGAUGCUCUACAACAGAUUCUUGGCAAGAAGGCCGUUGAUCAAGUCUUGCCAUAUCUACUCAAUCUCCUGCGAUCAGAGGAUGACGCCCAGAACGCGCUCUCGGCGCUUCUUACUCUCCUUACGGAUCAGGCAAGGUCCAACAUUAUUCUGCCAAACCUGCUGCCAACACUUCUUACUUCACCAAUGUCUGCCUUCAAUGCGCGUGCCAUUGCAUCAUUGGCCGAAGUUGCAAGCUCAGCUAUGACUAGGAGAUUGCCAAACAUUCUUAACACCAUCAUGGACAACAUGAUUGCUUCCAAGGAUGAAGACCUUAAGUCCGAACUGGAGGCAUCCUUCGACAAGGUACUCUUGUCUGUGGAUGAGUUCGACGGACUCAAUACUGCCAUGAGCGUUAUGCUUGCUUUGUCCAAGCACGACGACGAGAAGCGACGUGCGCGUGCCGACAUGCAUCUUGCCAAGUUCUUCGCAGAAGCCGAUGUCGACUUCUCCAGAUACUACCCUGAUCUCAUUCGUGCCCUCCUCAUCUCCUUUGACGAUAGCGACCCCGAGGUGGUCAAGGCAGCAUGGACUGCUCUUAGCACCCUCACAUCGAAGAGGCUGCGAAAGGAAGAGAUGGAGUCGCUUGUCAUUUCCACUCGUCAAACCCUCAACCAAGUCGGCGUUGCGGGUGCGGAUCUUCCGGGUUUCUCAUUGCCAAAGGGCAUCAAUGCCGUCUUGCCCAUCUUCCUCCAAGGUCUCAUGAACGGUUCAGUGGAUCAGAGAACGCAGGCGGCGUUGGCGAUUUCCGAUGUGAUUGACCGGACAAGCGCAAAAGCACUGCAGCCGUUUGUCACUCAAAUCACCGGACCCCUCAUCCGUGUGGUUACAGAGCGCUCCGUUGAUGUCAAGGCGGCCAUUCUACUCACACUCAACAACUUGCUUGGAAAAAUCCCAACCUUCCUCAAGCCCUUCCUACCGCAGCUUCAGCGAACGUUUGCCAAGUCUCUCGCCGAUACAUCAUCUGAAAUCCUGCGAGCACGAGCGGCCAAGGCUCUGGGUACAUUGAUCAAACUUACACCUAGGGUGGACCCCCUGAUUGCGGAAUUGUUAACCGGAUCCAAGACGAGCGAUGAGGCUGUCAAGACUGCCAUGCUGAAAGCCUUGUUCGAGGUGGUGAGCCAAGCGGGUAAAAACAUGAGCGAAGCGAGCAGAAACGCCAUCCUUGGUCUCAUCGAUACUGAGACUGACGAUUCUAAUGCAGAUGCAAUGGCUAUCACCAACGCUCGCCUCUUGGGUGCACUCAUCAGCUGCUUACCUGAGGAUGUUGCGUCUAGCCUGCUCAAGGCGCGUGUACUUACUACGCAUUUCAAUAAGGCAUCCGUGUUGGCCCUCAAUGCCAUUCUGCUCGAUGCGCCGGAGGCUCUGACAGAAUCGUUUGCUGAUGAGACUGUGUCCAUCAUUUGCCAGGGUAUCGCACACUCGCAGCCGGUCAUCUCGGACAAUUCGAUUCUCGCAGCUGGCAAGUAUCUCCUUUCAGAGAAGAGCAACAAGAGCUUCGACCACACCAAGCCAAUUUUUGAGGCCCUUGCACCUGUAGUGGAACCGGGUCAUCCUGUUGACUCGAGGCGCCUGGGGCUUGUCGUGCUUCGAACGGUUUCGCGGAAACACAACGACCUGGUGCGUCCGCACAUUCCACUAGUCAUACCGGUCGUAUUUGCAUCCGUCCGCGACCCGGUCAUCCCGGUCAAGCUUUCUGCGGAAGCUGCAUUCCUUAGCAUCUUCUCAGUAGUGGACGAGGAAAGCGCUGUAUUCGACAAGUACAUGGCUGGUCCAGGCAAGAGCUUGCCUCCUGGUCCGCAGCGAAGCAUGGGAGACUACUUCAAGCGGGUGGCUAUGAGGCUUGCGGGACAGGCAAGAGAAAGGAAGGAGGCCGAGGGUGGAGCGGGCGGCCUUGGCUUGUCGAGUGAUGAGAUGGAGGACGAGCGGGAGAUCUGGAGUGUUGGUAAGGUUGAGUUGGGUGACGUUUUUGGCGACUCAUAA